AAAAACUUCACUGGCCUAAGACAGAGCUUUCCAAGAAAUCAGUCCUGAGUCCAGUAGAACAUAAGCUGAACAUUAAUAAUGAAAACAGGCUCCAGCACCCACCUUCUGGGAUCCUUAAGGACAUUUUCACAACAGGAACCAGUAGCUACAAUGUCCUUCUGCAGAGCAAAGAGGAGAAGAAACACCACGCUCAAAAGCAGUCAUCUGCUCACCACAAGAAACACAGAAAAACCUCAAAGUGUACUACCACCUUGCGAAGCAACGAGCACCGCAAAAUCAAAGUCCCGCUACCCUUGCUCAGCAGUGGGUGGUACUGCACAAACAGACAGCCCUCUGUCCUCGUCACUGGCCCAGUGUCUACCAGCAUGAAGUUUGCAAACAGUAUUUCGGUUGCAGGGAGCAGCAUAGGACUGCCAUCUCGACCCAGAAGUAGAACGAAGAGGCAUUUUAAUCUAACAAAGCCAAAGCAAUCCCAGUCCUCAAAAAGCCACGGAAACGAAGGUGAUGUCUCUGGCCAAAAACUCUGUUUACUCACUGCAAUCAAGCCUUCCAAUGUGGAAAAAGAGAAGAUGAAAUUCUUCAAGUCAGAUUUCGCAUACAAUCCUCAAUUUGAGUAUUCAAACCCUGCUCUGCCAAAUGUGUUAGCUAAGCACAGCCAUGCAUCUGACAGAUUUCUUAAGCAGUCCAUUAACAUUAUGGAGCGGACAUUGCAGAAAUACGGGAGUUAUGAAAAAUUUGAGCAGGCCACCGGAGGCAGCUUGCUGACCAAAAGUCGCAUCUGGAAUCAUGUCAGGAAAUACAUGGUGAAAGAAGGCUGUCUUGGUGAGAUUGUGGUCCAUCUCACGGAGGACCUGCUAUCUCGAGCCUCAAUGACAGUGGUGAAUGGCCGCCCCACUCUCACUAUCAAUAUCUCCACAGCGCGAGAGCACUGGCUGGAAGGGAUGCUGAGACAUGAAAUUGGAACUCAUUAUUUUCGAGGUUUUAACAACAACAGCCAGCCUUGGUGCAACUGGACAGGACGUAGAAAACAUGGAUUAAAGCCAAUCAACCCUACAGAAGAGGGGCUAGCGAGCAUUCACAGCGUCCUGUUCCGCAAAGACCCUUUUCUUUGGAGAGCUGCCCUGCUCUACUACACAGUGUAUCAGGCUAGCCAAAUGUCCUUCAGUCAGCUUUUCCAGGACGUGGGGAAAUUUGUCAAGGACCCCAAUACUAGGUGGGAUUACUGCGUACGAGCCAAGAGGGGGUGGACUGACACAUCACAACCAGGCUGUUUCAAUAAGGAUCAGGUGUACUUGGAUGGCAUCCUCCGAAUCCUGAGAUACAGGGAGUCCAUUGAUUUCCAUCUUCUGACAGCCCUUGGAAAGAUCUCGUAUGAGGACGUGGACCGCCUGAAAGGAUUAGCCGUGAUUGAGAACAUGAGGGUACCGCACUUCUUGCAAGACCAUGCCCGGUAUAUGGAGCACUUGGAAAAGAUCAUGGAAGUCAAUGAGCUGACUGAUGAGGAGCUCCAGGAUCUCAUAAAUUAACAGUACUGGCCCACCAUUUACUUAUUCUGUGAAGAUGUAGAACUGGACUUCCCAGAGUGUGCAAAAAUGGACUUAUGAGGGGUGGGGUGGGAGGGAAGGGUGGCCGGAAUAUGUGGAAUUCAGAAAAAGACCCUUUAUGUUCCUUUUGCAUUGUGAUUGUAUACUGAUUAUUUUUUAAAGGCUUUGUGCAUUUUUUAAAAUUUGGCUUAGGAAUUCCUUUGCCGUGAUCUGUCCAAUCUGCUCUGUUUUGUAUAGUAGGCAUAGUGCUUGACACUGUCU